CUGGAUUUUUAAAAAAGUAAACACUAAACGCAUUGUCUCUGAUUUAUAAAAUAGUAAAUAGUUAAAAAUAUGUAAAAUAAAUUAUUUUUAAAAUCCUCAAAAUUAGCUGUGACGUGUCUGUUGUGAUGAUGUCACACCAAAAUGGCGGCGCGCAUCUGAAGCCGAACCAAAAUAGAGGAGAGGGCGAGGGGCGGUUUAAGACUUAGAAAACCGGGUUUAGAGCAAAUAUUGACUCCACAGUUUUAUUUAACAAGACUAAUAAUUAGAUGUUAAGUUUUGAGCCUGUUUAUUUUACUUGUAGCCGUUUUUUUUUUCUUUUAGACCCAGGGAAAAGUGUUAAGAUGAAAUGGAAAGUUGCUAGUUUGUGUUUUGGAGUCAAUUUUAAUGAUUCUUUUCCGUAAAUCUUACUCCUCAUGAACAGGCAUGACUUUAACCUUUCUCAGAUGAGUGACCUGCAACAUACAUCCAGCCCACACGAUGGAGAGCGGAGUCUCAUUAUACCACCUGCCACUUCUGCUCCUGUCGACUCCUCUGGCUCCGCUCCUGUGGACUCAUCUGGCUCUGCUCUUGCCGACUCCUCUGGCUCUGCUCCUGUUGCCUCUUCUGCUCCUUUCUCCAAACCUUCAUCCCAUAAUGCAUUUGUCUUUACCCUGUCAGUCUUCUCUGCUUUGGGGGGGUUUCUCUUUGGUUAUGACACCGGUGUUGUGAGUGGGGCCAUGCUUUUGCUCAAACAGGAGUGGAAUCUGAGUGCACUGUGGCAAGAGUUGUUAGUGUCGAGUACGGUGGGCGCGGCGGCCAUUUCAGCUCUGCUCGGAGGGGCUCUGAAUGGGUGGAUGGGCCGGAGACUGUGCAUUCUUCUGGCCAGUUUCAUCUUCAGCAUUGGGGGAUUUGUGCUGAGUCUUGCACCCAACAAAGAGGUGUUGCUCCUGGGAAGGAUCGUUGUCGGACUGGGCAUUGGUCUUGCCUCUAUGACGGUCCCUGUGUACAUUGCUGAAGUAUCUCCUCCACUCCUUCGGGGGCAGCUCGUCACCAUCAACACACUCUUCAUCACUGGGGGGCAGUUUGUUGCCUCCGUCAUUGAUGGAUCAUUCAGCUACGUCCUGGAUGGAUGGAGAUAUAUGUUGGGUCUGUCCGUGGUCCCGGCUCUGCUCCAGUUCGUGGGUUUCCUGUUUUUACCAGAGAGUCCAAGAUGGCUCCUGCAAAAGGGGCGGAGUCCAGAGGCUCUUCGAGUUCUCACAAAGAUCAGAGGAGGAGAUGACGUAGAGGAAGAGUUUGAGUCAAUCCGAAUCAGCAUAGAGGAGGAACGAAGAGAGACAGGAGAAGGGGGAGCAGUGAUCCUCAGAAUCCUGCAUCAUGCUCCGACUCGACGUGCUCUGAUUGUGGGCUGUGGACUCCAGAUGUUCCAGCAGCUGUCAGGCAUCAACACUGUCAUGUACUACAGCGCCACCAUCUUGCAGAUGUCAGGAGUGCGUGACAUCCAAACAGCUAUCUGGCUCUCCGCAAUGACAUCAGCCACUAACUUUCUCUUUACGCUGGUGGGAGUGUGGCUUGUGGAGCGUGUCGGAAGGAGAAGGCUCACCAUCGGCAGUCUGAUUGGUACUUGUAUGAGUCUGCUGAUUCUGGCCUCAGGAUUUCUCCUCUCGGCUCUGACCUCUCCUCCUGUUACACAGCACAUUAACAAUACCUCUACCGUCUGCAGCAAGUACAGUUUGUGUGAAGGCUGCAUGCUGGACCCAGGCUGUGGAUUCUGUUACAAAGAAAACCAGAGCUCAGUGAUGGACUCAUCGUGUGUCGCAGUGAAUCAGGAGUCCACCGACCACGCAGCACAGGGAUGUUGCAUGAACCAGACUCUGGACCCUGGUCUGGUCUGGGCUUAUAACUUCUGUCCAUCUUCCUUCUCCUGGAUCAUCGUUGUGGGACUGGUGUCAUAUCUCGCCUUCUUCGCUCCAGGUAUGGGUCCAAUGCCAUGGACCAUAAACUCAGAGAUUUUCCCUCUUUGGGCAAGGAGUACUGGGAACGCUGCCUCUGCUGGAGUCAACUGGACCUUCAACGUCCUGGUGUCCCUCAGCUUCCUGCAUGUAGCCCAGUACCUCACAUAUUAUGGUGCAUUCUUCCUGUACGCGGGGCUCGUAGUCCUGGCUCUGGUCUUCGUCCUGGUCUGUCUUCCAGAGACUCGUGGUCUUCAGUUGGAGGACAUCGAGCAGUUGUUUUCUUCUCAUCUCGUCUCGUGGCCCUGCUCCUCCUCGACUCUGCGCUCUGAGGUCCAGUACACGCGGCUAUAUUUGUUUUGAUACGGACGACUGUGCUAAUCCACAAUCACAUCCAUCUGAAUUCGGGGACAUCUACUGGUGACCAGACUCAAAUCUUCUGAAAGUAUUGGAAAAGUGUGAGUUCUAAAUUUUUAGUUCAAUAUUACUUAGAACAGGGAUUCCCAGCCUUAAGUUCCCAAGGAUCCACAGUGGGUCCCCAAAGUGGAAACAGCGCACGCAUUCACUAACAGCUCGGGGCUGUGACAGACACACGUAUCAUGUCUGUGCGCAAAGCGGUAACAUCAGAAAUAUUUAUGACAGUAAACGUAUUCCAUAAUCCACGAGAUAUCCACCUGUGUGGGACCAAAUGUUGUGGACACCCGUGAGACGAGAAUGUGAGCGGUUAGCGAUAGCAGAGGUGGACACUCGUACCUCACGUGAGAAGCACAAGAGCGGCUUAGGCGGGAGCAGGUGCGAGAAAGCAGCGGGUCUGCUGUGGGAUGGGAAGGGCAAGAGAUAGACACUUGUCUGUUGCGUAAUGGGAGAAAAACGAACAGAGAAAACUAUAAAAGGUUAAUGUGUGCGCGCAUUCACGGGCUUACAGUGGUGUGCGUGCAUGAGAGUGGCGCACAUGCGCGUGGAGUGUUCGUAAUACAAACCCAGUCAGUUCUGUCAUUGCCCAUACAAAAUUCUAUAUUCCUGGUGCCUCUUCUGAUGCAUACUUGCAUUGUGGGGCUCCGGAGCUCUUUGCUGCAUGUAAUGAGGCAAAGAUUGCAGACAUUACCCACCCUGGCAAUGGCUUUAAAUGCCACUGUGGUCACAGUUUGGUUCAAAUGCCAUCAAAAUAUAUGUACUUGUACCGUCCCACUCCAGCCUCCAGCAGUGACGUUCAGCCCCACCUGGACACGCCCACUCCUUAAUGCUUGUGCUAGUGCUAAGAUUAGGAGCAAGAUCGGGCCCAUAGAGUUUUCCUUAUUGAGCUCAAAAGUCCCACUCACUUUGAAGUCCACUCUGGUUUUGUAAGUAAAUUUUCCAUACAUUUCCCCCAUAGAAAAAGGAGGCUAACCAGCUACGUGUUAACUAACAUCCAUAACAUGUUUGUUUGAAAUCUAAAAAGUAUGUUUAAAAUGCAAGAUUUUGUGAAAUGCUUUAAUAACACAAUGGUUUAUACAUUUCUGAAACUUACAAUCUUAUAGGUAGACAGAGCUCAUUAGCCCUGAGCUUUCAAAUUUUUUUUCCCCCGAAAGUCUGUAAGAAAAAUGAAUGGGAAAUGUACUUCUGCAACCAGCUGUGGGUAGUCACUGUUGAGCACCUUAUAGAGUAGUUUGUCAGGUGAGAGAAGGAUGUGGGGGUCACCGGUAUAUUAGUGGAGAUAAAGGUUUGAGAACCUCUGUCCUCUGUAGAAUGUAAUUAGAAGUCAACCUAGCUCAGAUCUGGACUGAGCAACAGAAUAAUUCGGUUUUAUGUUACUGCUAUGGUCCUUUAUUUGUUUUAAUCUUUGUUUUCGCUGCCUUUGGGAUUUCUCAGUACACUUCUUCUGGUGUUGGUUUGGUGACGUCUGAGUUUACAGUGAAACUAAAUGCACUUUACAAACCAAAAUGUGUCCAAACUGUAUAAAUAUUAAACAGAACUCCUUAUUGUUUUAGCAUAACUCUGGGCAGAAUUAUGGAGGUGUGGGUUUGGACAGCGACAUCGCCUACAUCACUGUGAGUCUCAGUAUAUGAUAAUGAGUUAAAAUAAUUUGAAAAUAUUUUAUGAUGGAAUUACAGAAAGAUAGAGAUUAUUUGGACACAAAACCUUCUAAAUAUUGUUCAUGGGUCCAGAUUUGACCAUUUUUUUUAUUUCCACACAAAUUAUUAUACUGAAUAGAAAUGGUCAAUUAAAAAGACUUCCUAUUGAUUUAAAUUCUGUGAUUUCCAAAAGUCUAACUGGAGUCCCUUUUUCCU